CAAGCAAACAGAAAGUCACCGGGAGUGAGUGAGUGAGUGAGUGAGUGAGUGUGCGCGCUCCCCGUCUCCAAAAACAUUUACGCAUCGCAGCAGUGUUCCGCCUGCCUCUCACUCCUCACCGUCAUCUUACCACAAACAGCAGCCGGCUCUCUCCACUCCGAAGGACCGGGAGGACGAGUUCGUGCGGAGAAGCGUCUGUCCCAAACCACCGUGCUUUGCAUGCGGUGAGCAAUUAAAGCGGGGGAGGAAGAGGAGGAGGACGGAAGUUUAUCCCCCCCCCUCCUGUCUCUCUGGUGGAGAGCGCAGGGCGCACCGGGACUGAAUGGUUGAGCCCAGCCCUCCAGCACUUCACAUUCACUCCAGUGGGGAUGUCAACAUGGCAGGCGUUGGUGUCAAAGUAGAACGUGAAGACUCUGGGGGAGGGGCUGCAAUGGAUACCAGCGGCGAACUUCGUAAAACGUCUCCUUCGCGUGAUUGGUCAGGAACUCAGCCCCUCGAGGCUCGCCAGUUGACCCCACCACUGUCUCGCUCCCCUUCAGAGGGAUCUCCAGGGAAGGACCUGCCUCACAGACAGAGCCCCAUGGGACUGAAGGAACCUAGGAUGCAUGAUCGAUCAGAGGGACAAUCCAACUUGAAAGAAGUGAUGCCUACCAUUGAGAAGCUGCUGAAUGCUGACUGGAAGGACAAACUCCUGGAUAAAAGCACAGUGGGGUCAGGACAGCUGAAAGGUACCCCCGAAUCUCUGGCAGAGAAGGAGCUCCAGCUGUUGAUGAUGAUCAACCAGCUGAGUGGUCUGAGGGAGCAGCUCCUGGGAGCCCACUCUGAGCAGAGAAACAUGGCCGCCCUGUUGCUGGAGAAACAGCAGCAGCAGAUGGAGCUGGCUCGGCAACAGCAAGAACAGAUCGCCAAGCAGCAGCAGCAGCUCAUCCAGCAGCAGCACAAGAUCAACCUGCUUCAGCAGCAGAUCCAGCAGGUGAACAUGCCCUACGUGAUGAUUCCAGCUUUCCACCCCACCACCCAACCCCUCCAGGUCAACUCUGACCCCCAGAUGACCUUGCCACUGCAACCGAUCCCCUGCAAGCCGACUAUGGACUACUCCAUGCAGCUACUGUCAAACACUCACCCCACCCCCGUGAAGAGAAGCAGUGGUUCCCUCCGACAGGAAGCAAGUCAGCCCUUGAACCUGACCUCCAAGCCCAAGGGUCUGGAGCUGGGGAAGACACCCAGUCCACAGAGCCUGGAGCUGGGAUCACUGGCGCUGCAGGGGGCAUACAGACCCAGAGAUCUCCAGAGAGAGAUCUCCCACAGUCCACCACGAUCUGCGCUCAGUUUCCUGGGAGACGGCGACGUGGUCACCCAGGCUAUCCACGAUGCCCAGCAGCUCCUGAGGAGCCACGGCAGUGCGGGGCGGGAGAGGGACCGGGAGAGAGAAGUUGGUGGAAAGCCGGAUUUUAAGGUUUCUCCUCGCAAUGAGAGGAUGUCUCAGAGUGAGAGAGGUGAGAACAGACAUGGCCUGCCGUCCACUGAGGACCACCUCAGCAGUGAUUCUGAGGGUACCCUGAACGUUUCGGUCCCAGGCGGCUACGCUGAGGCACGGCCGCCUCCCUCUUCAGGCCACAUAAAGAGACCCAUGAAUGCCUUUAUGGUGUGGGCCAAGGACGAGCGCAGGAGGAUCCUGCAAGCUUUCCCUGACAUGCACAACUCCUCCAUCAGCAAGAUCCUGGGCUCGCGGUGGAAAGCCAUGUCUAACCAGGAGAAGCAGCCUUACUACGAAGAGCAGGCGAGGCUGAGCAGGCAGCAUCUGGAGCGCUACCCCGAUUACAAAUACAAACCCCGACCCAAACGGACCUGCAUAGUGGAGGGACGGCGGCUGCGGGUGGGCGAGUACAAGGCCAUGAUGAAGAGCCGCCGGCAGGAACAGAGAGGGACCUACGGGCACAGUCAAACGGAGCCACAGCAGAUCCAUUACCCCCACAGCGAUGGCCAGUACCCGGGGGGUAGCAGCUCGGUCUCUGUCGCUACCAUGCCUUUUCACCCCGCGCUACUGGAGCAUUACCUGCCGCAAGUCCCGCCCAUCCCUCGCAGAGCUGAGGGACAGACCACACCCACCUCUCUGCCUAGGGAGAGAGAGCGGGAACGCAAGAGGGAGCGACCGCCAUACAGCGAAGGAGAGGAAAGUGAUGGGGGAGAGAGGAGUGAGGGGGAACUGGUGCUCCUAACGGACUAAAGAAAGGCAACUGGUAGAGGAGCCAGGAAAAGGAAAAUUAAAGAUGAGGGAUAGGAUGAGAGGGGAGGGUAGCUGAGGUGGGCGGGUUGCUCUUUGAUGAAUGGCAGUCAGAGAGGAGGAAUGGAGGAUGAACUAAAGAAAUGGUGAGGGAGUGUGUGAAUGUAAAAAAGUAAAUGUCAUACUCACCCCGUUGUAAAUUAGCCUAUUCUCCAGUAAAACCUCGCCUACACAAACGCAUAAAGGCAAGCUUUUAUCAUUUCCUGUUACACGUAUCAUGUCAUCACAUGCUUUGUGUCAAAACUUUGGAGUUAUAUUUAUGAAGGUUUAUCAUUUAAUCCCUUCUGCUUCUUGUUUUCUCCCCAUGUUGACUUAUGGCAAACAAAAUGCCCCCACAGGGACUGGAAUUAAAGCAGAUUGAUUAAAAGUUCAGCAGAGUACCUGUUUCCUCCUGUCAGACAGCUGAGGAUCAGCCACUCUGGGGUUCAGUAUGUCAGCUUUGCCACCUGCUGGAGAAGAGUGGUUAUUACUACUGUUGCCACACAUCCUAUUUAAGCUACACCACAAAUCAAACUGGAGGGAUAAAAUAAUUUGGUGAUUAAAGGUACAUUUCAGCAGUUUUAGUACUGUGUGCUUUACGAGAUUAAAAAAUAAUGCUCAUAUUCAGUAACAGUUGCCUCGGGCCAUAGGAUGGUUCAAGACGGAAACAAAUAUAUCCUAUAUGCACACUGUCACUUAAAUGUGUGUGCGUUUGUAACUCAGGCUUUAUGUUAGAAAUGUUCAGUCUUUAAGCUCAUUACUGCACACAAAUGCGAUGCACUAAAAGUAAAGGAUAAACAGCCUGCAGGAGGCUGAAACAGCAGGUAGGGCAGCAGCAGUAUUAACAUGUCAGGGGGAGAGAUUCAGUCAUCUGGCCAGCAGACGCUGCUGCUACCUUCCCUGAGUCUGUGCAGUGAGCGUUGAGAGUGCUUAACUCUCUCUGACUUUGCUUAGUCUAGCUAACGACAAAAAGCACAGAUUGCGUUUGGCACACUCUUAUUCUGCAUUUGCACCAGUUGGAAAGUUAGCAUGAAAGGUUUAUCUCAACAAUCCUUCUCCCCAAAUUUGCAUGAUCCAUGUUCGAUCUGAGCUAUCAGCCUUUCUACACAUCCAAUUGGCAGUUGUUGCAGAUCUGCAAGUCACUUUGCAACUCACCUUUCCACAGGAUUCUCCUUAUAUACUGAAUCUGAACUAAUCCAUUGUCAUAUCUGCCGCUCUGUUGUGCACAGGGCCCUCCCAUCUCUGGCUUUCUAUGUAUGGAGUGGAAGGGCGUCCCAGAAUAGUGACAUGCCAUAUAUAAAUAUAUAUACGACAAUCUUUUAUGUGUAUAGAUUUAUAUAGCACCAGCCAAAAGCAAAGCUAGCUUUGAGCUGAUAAAGCAGGACUUCAUUCAGUGUAGUUCAGGACGUGCUUUUUUCAAAAGUCUUUUUCUGGUCAGACAGGCCUUGUUGCCCAAAAGUAACGUACAAUUAAUCAACACUGCAACCUCACCAUCAUCCUCCCACAUCUCACUGUUAGUUUGAGCCAUGCUGCUGUCAUCGUGUGUCCAUCAGUGCCCUCUCCACAGCAUGGUGGGUUAACUUCAGCCUAUCCUAUUUUUUUUAUACCUCUGUUUGCUUCUUUGCAUGUUUACUGGAUGUCGUGUUGAACACCUCGUAUCUGUGUAUCCAAAUGUCUGCUGUGUUUUUCUUCUGAGAUGCAGCCUCUCGCAGCAUUAUUAUUAU